AUGCCGAAGUAUGCAAAGUUUUUGAAGGAGAUCCUCUCGAAUAAGCAGAAGCUUGAGGAUAUGUCUUGUGUGGUGAUGAACGAAAGCUGCUCUGCCAUUCUUCAAAAUCGUCUACCCACAAAAAUGGGAGAUCCUGGCAGUUUCACGCUUCCUUGUUUGAUUGGAAAUAUGUCUGUUAGCCAUGCAUUGGCUGAUUUGGGAGCGAGUAUAAACCUUAUGACCUAUAAGGUUUUUACAAAGUUGGAUCUAGGUGAGCCGUCGCCUACUCGUAUGAGCAUUCGACUAGCAGACCGUUCUAUCAAGUAUCCGCAUGGAUUUGUGGAGAAUAUGCUUAUCAAGAUUGACAAGUUUGUGUUUCCCGUGGAUUUUGUUAUCCUGGAUAUGGAUGAGGACUCUAGGGUGCCUUUGAUUCUCAGACGUCCGUUCUUGAAUACUGCUCGGACCAUUGUAGAUGUAGCUGCAGGGCAGAUUACACUCCGAGUGAAUGAUGAGCAUGUGACUUUGAUAUCAAGCGGUCAAUGCAGCACCCACAGAGUUAGGAUGAUGCGCUAUACUAUGUUGACAUUGUCGACAUGUAUGUGA